CGACGACGCUUCCGGGGAACGGCGGCCAUUGUGGAGUUUUCGUGUCGUGAUGUCACUUCCACGUAAACACCGGGGCGUGGCUUGACGUGUCAACAUGCUAACAGGCUAAAUGUUGUCACAUGUCUCAUGGAAAAACAUCUGUGACGAAAAACACAACUUUUGGAUUUAGGUAAUGACGUCACGAUCAUGACGUAAUGUUUGAGGUUUACGUCUUAACUGAGUUUUCGUCGUAAAAUUGCAGUUUUAAAUUCUACAUCGGGUCAGUCAUGUCUGACCUCCGAGCAGCCACGCCGCAACACAAGGAGAAGAAGGAGAAGAAGAAGAAGAAGAAGAAGAGGGGGAUUCCAGACCGGUGGAGGAACUACCGUCCUGUUGGACGCAGGGUUCCUGGUUCUCGCUUCAUUGCCUUCAAAACUCCUCUGAAACCGUCCCUGAACCGCCUGGUCCCCGGGGCAGAGUCCUUCAGUCUGUGGGAGCUGCUGGACUCAGUGGAGGGUCAGAACCAGGAGCUGGGCCUGAUCAUCGACCUCACCGUCACCACCAGAUACUACACCCUGGUGGACGUCCCCCAGUCCUGCGGUUACGUCAAGAUCUUGACUGAAGGUCAGCGGGUUCCCUCCGACGCCACCAUCCUCAGCUUCAAACGCGCCGUCAGGCACUUCUUGACGGAGAACCCGGACAACGACAGGCUGAUUGGAGUCCACUGCACCCACGGUGUGAACCGCACGGGCUACCUGCUGUGUCGCUACCUGAUCGACGUGGACGGGCUGGAUCCCAGACGGGCCGUGGAGCUCUUUAACACCAGCAGGGGGCACAGUAUGGAGAGGCAGAACUACCUGGUUGACCUCCUGCGAAACUCCAAGAGGAGCAACAGUGGCAUGGACGUGGUGGAGCAGCACGUGGCCAGAGGGGGCGCUGUGGACAGGCCACUACUGGUUGUAGCCAACAUCACCACCAGAAGAGGAGAGGUGUCGAGGGAGGACCAAGUGAAGGAGACUGGACCGCACCAACGACGGAGCGGAGGUCGGACAGCGGCCGGUCGGGAAUGACCAUGGGCCCUGUGAUGGAGCUGCACCAGCAGGCCUCCUGCACCACCACACCUCGCCUCAAAAUGAUGCCCUCCCACAUCAUUUAAAAGAAAUCAGAGUUUUAGUAACAGAAGCUACAAACUGAGUGACUACUGCCCCCUACAGGCAAGAAUAUAUAUAUUUAGAGUCAAUGGUUGAAUUUUCUUUACUUGAAAUUUUGAAUCAGAUUUUUUUUAAAAAAGAACUUCAGGUACAAACAGAUUUGAACUUUAUUUUAUUUGUCAGUUAAAACAACAUUAUUUCUUAGUAGAAAAGCAGUCGAUUUGAAUGGAAUUUUUAAAUCUGUAAUAAAUAGAUUUUUAUUUCUGUUUCGUCUGUUUUUCACUGUUUUUAGCCUUUUCUUCUGUUGUAAUGUAAAUAUUUUAAAAUAUUAAACUGAUGAAACUAAAGCAGUUCAGUCGUAGCUGUAAAGAAUUAUUACGUUCUGUGAUUCCACCUUCUUGACCUCUGUUGCCCCCGGUGGUAUCACAGUAGCAGUGCAGCUCUGAUCUCAAAUCCAGAGUACUCCCAAGUACUUAUUUGUACUACAUGACCAUGUGUUUUUCUGGAGUUAUCUUUCUUCUUCUUCUUCUUCUUCUUCUUCUUCUUUCACUUCUUUCUCUUCACAGACGUCUUU